AUGGGGUCCUGGUCUUUUUUCUUCCUUUUGGCCCUGACGACGAUUGCCUGUGCCUCUAAUGCUACUACCGAAUACACUGGAACGGAUUGCAACCCCCUCAAAAAGACAUGUAGUGCGGAUCCGGCCCUCGGAACCGAGCACACAUGGCAGUUCAACUCUACUCUUGACAGCGAGCUCUGGGACAUGAGAACUGGAACUCUGGACUACACAUCCGAAGGAGCGGACUUCACCAUCAAAACGGAAAAUGCGUCAACUCUUCUGGUCUCCAACUUCUACAUUUUCUUCGGCGUGAUGGAAGCACACGUCAAGAUGGCGAAGGGAGCCGGUAUUAUCAGCAGUGUGAUUCUCCAAUCCGACGACCUCGAUGAGAUUGACUGGGAAUGGGUUGGUUAUAACACGAGUGGAGUGCAGUCCGAUUUCUUCGGCAAGGGAAACACAACGACGAGUGAUCGGGGCGGAUAUCAUGCGGUUGCAAAUGCAGAUACCGAGUUCCACAAUUACACUUCGUAUUGGGAUAAAGAUCGUCUUGAGUGGUGGAUUGAUGGUGACUUGGUGCGGACAGUGAACUACUCCGAGCCGUUGACUGUGUAUGGCAAAAACUAUCCCCAAACACCCUGCCAGGUCAAGGUCAGCAAUUGGCCUGUUGGUAUCAAGGGACAAUCACAAGGCAACCUCGAUUGGGGAGGUGGAUUGGUUGACUGGUCCGAUGUUCCAUUUACUAUGACUGUAUCAAAGAUCCGCGUUCAGGACUUCUCCAGUGGAAAGGAGUACAAGUACACCGGGCAUACGGGCACGCGUGAGAGUAUUGAAGUAGUCAGUGGAAACUCUACCGCCAUUACCCAAAUCAACAAGCAACCAGCCAAGACUCUAUCCCAGAAAUGGGACGAUCUUGGCUCAGGGGCCCAUAUCGGUGUAUAUUGUGGUGCAGGUGUUGCUGCUGCUCUUCUCCUUGGGGCAUUCAUAUUUUAUUGUUUGAAGCAACGCCGGAGCGGUCGUCUACAACGCGCCUUGCACGAUGGUGAAUACAACGCAGAGCUCACGACGUUGGAGCAGUCGAAGUUGAGAUGGCGGCAAAGUGAAUUGCGUAGUAAAGGCAGCUACCAGCCUGUCCCUUGA